UGUCUUAGGUGAGUGGAAUCAAAACGCUCUAUGAGUCUGAGCUGGCUGACACCCGAAGAGUUCUGGAUGAGACAGCCAGGGAGAGGGCCAAACUACAGAUUGAAAUAGGAAAGCUGAGAGCAGAAAUUGAUGAAGUCAAUAAGAACUACAAAAAGAGAGAUGCAGAUUUCGCCGUGGCUCAGAGUCGCAUUAAGGAUAUUGAAGCCUUGUUCCAUAGAAGUGAAGCAGAACUCAGUACUGCUCUUAAUGAGAAGCGUAGUUUGGAAGCAGAGGUGGCUGACCUGCGGGCCCAGCUUGCUAAGGCAGAAGAUGGUCAUGCUGUGGCUAAGAAGCAGUUGGAAAAGGAGACACUGAUGCGGGUGGACUUGGAGAAUCGCUGCCAGAGUUUACAAGAAGAUCUGGAUUUCCGGAAGAACAUAUUUGAGGAGGAAGUAAGAGAGACAAGGAAAAGGCAAGAGCGCCGUUUGGUUGAGAUAGACAGCGGUCACCAACAAGAGUAUGAAUUCAAAAUGGGCCAGGCCCUGCAGGAUCUGCGUCAUCAACAUGAUGAGCAAGUCAAAUUGUACAAAAUGGAGCUGGAACAGACCUUUCAGGCCAAGCUGGAGAAUGCCAAACUGUCCUCUGACCAAAAUGACAAAGCUGCCAGUGCUGCUCGGGAGGAGCUAAAGGAAGCUCGCAUGAGGAUAGAGUCUCUCAGCUACCAGCUUUCUGGCUUGCAAAAACAGGCUAGUGUUGCAGAAGAUCGUAUUCGGGAACUGGAGGAUAUGAUGGCUGGUGAGCAGGACAAGUUCAGGAAGCUGUUAGAUGCCAAGGAGGGAGAGAUGAUGGAAAUGAGGGACCAGAUGCAGCAGCAGCUUGCAGAGUACCAAGAGCUGCUUGAUGUUAAAUUAGCACUGGACAUGGAGAUCAGUGCUUACCGAAAACUUCUGGAGGGUGAGGAAAAGAGGUUGAAGCUGUCUCCAAGCCCGUCCUCCCGUGUUACAGUUUCCCAGGCUACCUCCAGCAGCAGUAGCACCAGCUCUUCAGUUGUCCGCUCUUCUCGAGGCAAAAGAAAACGUGUUGAAGCAGAGGAGCUUUCAGGCAGUGGUACCAGUGGGAUUGGCACUGGGAGUAGUAGUGGUAGCACCAGUGGUAGCACCAGUAGUUUCCAGAUGUCCCAGCAAGCCUCAGCCACAGGAGGCAUCAGCAUAGCAGAGAUAGACCUGGAGGGAAAAUACGUUCAACUUAAGAACAACUCUGAGAAGGAUCAGUCUCUGGGUAACUGGAGACUGAAGAGACAAAUUGGAGAUGGAGAAGAAAUUGCUUAUAAAUUUACUCCAAAGUACGUCCUCAGGGCUGGGCAAACUGUUACAAUCUGGGGUACAGAUGCAGGUGUGACUCAUAGUCCCCCUUCUGUCCUUGUGUGGAAGAAUCAGAGCAGCUGGGGCUCUGGAGGAAACAUCCGCAUAUACCUGGUGAACUCUGAUGGAGAGGAAGUUGCAGUAAGAAGCAUCACAAAAUCGGUUGUGGUGCGGGAGAAUGAGGAGGAGGAUGAAGCAGAGUUUGGAGAAGAGGAUCUCUUUCACCAGCAGGGGGACCCCAGGACAACUUCUAGAGGAUGUUCAAUUAUGUGAAAAAAACAUUUGCUAUCUUUCCCUUUCUUUCCUUUUAUUUUUGCUAUUUUUUCCUCCAGAGCCACUGAAAACUAUUUUUGUAUGCAUCAUCUGAUUUCUUUAAACUUUUAUUCCUUGGUACAUUUUUAUAGAAAAUAUUUUAAACAAAACUGCCAGGAUUUUUAAAUAGAUUUCUUUAUCCUCCCCCUGUCCCUUUGAAAACACUAUUGCAAUAUUAGAUUAUUUCUCCACCAUUAAAACUUUAGUCUUCUAUACAAAGCUGCAGCAGAAUGAACUUUAAGCUAAAAUGGGACAGGAUUCCUUGAGUGUAGAGUAAAUAUGUCAUUCUUUAAGAUCAAACUGGUUUUUAAAUAAUAGAUUUAAGACUAUGUGAACCUGUACUGGGCUUUCCGGGAACCCAGCAAGGAUGCUUUCCACAGCACUGGAGUUAUUUACGAAAACAGUAAUAUCCUUUUGGUCUAUAGAGUCUUGUCUACACUAGGAAUAUACCAUAGAGGUUGCUCCAUUAGUGGAAGCAUUGACAGGCUGUGGUGCACACAGGAUUGGCAAGAGUGCCAUGGCAUUUAAUCCUGUUCCGAGGAGGAUUAGACACCAUGGUUGUAAAAACAUCUCAGCUCUGCAUUAUCGUGCCAUCAUUGCUGACAGCAGCGGUCCCAAUAAUUCUAGGGCAGGUAUAGUCUUAAUGUAAUGAGGGAUCAAAGCUGACAUUUUUCAGUUUUAUUUAUUGGGACCAUCACAAAUGACACCCUGAUAAAUAGUGAAUGCAGGGCUGAAAUGGAUACACAAGUAGCUAUGAUGAUAUAAAUCAUGAUCUGUUGGAUCGGAAGUAUUUGGCAUUAAGCAGAACUUGUGAUUUCAAUCAUUCAGAUUUUAGAUGUUAAAAUAUUUUUGGCUGUGAUAAAUAUUUGAUGUGAUUUAAAAAGCAAUCACUGUAAAUGUUGAUUUUUUUUUAAUCACUGCUAUAUUCAGCUUAUUCAUACUUCUGUUGUAUGUAAAGGGACACUGUCAGAUAGUUUAGGCAACAAGCAUUUACAAAAUGUCUUAGAAGUAUUCUUGUGACGUCUGUGUUUACACAAAAACAAAGUUAGUGAGAAGAUUUUGGGUUGGGUUGGCCCAGUUCUUGCAUUGUUUGCAGCAGGAUGUUAUCCAGCAUGACCGAAACGCUCUAACUAAACAAACAGGAAUACGGUAAAUGUAAUACACUUACAGAAUCUUCAGAUGGUAACAGAAGUAAGACAUUACUUUAAAAAAGUAGUAUCUGGAAUGUCCCCUUCAGUUUGUUUCCUGUCCUGUAUUUUUUACCAGAGGAGGCAUUAGGAUUCAUGUGGUAGUGCACCUCUGUGUACUAUGAAGUAUAAUUGACUGCUCCAAAGAGUGUACUGACUGCAAUGUAAGCAGACAUUGUUUUUCCCAGUGGUUGAUUAUUUGGAUACCAUCUGAUGCCAGCAUAGAAUUACUGUAUUCCCUGCACUCUGGCAUUCAAGUAGUUUAGAUUCAUCACUCAAGCUACAAGCUUUGGAUGUUUUCGGUGGCUUUUGGACAUUAUGUUCUCUGAACAAUAUUUAGACUGACAGAUAUCACACAGAAGGCCAGGUUAGUGGUUUUAAUUCAUAGCUUUGCUGCAGUGCAAGCUGGUUGGGAAAGAAACUAAUUUUAAAACAUUUAUGAACUUCUCAUUUCAAAAAUAUCAGAGGUGCUAAUUUUCUACAGGUGUUCACAAAAUCUUCACUGAGCAAGGUAAUUUAAUUAUUAAGAUUAAAUGCUAGUAAAAGUAUUUAGAAUUAUAUUUUAGUCCAUGAUCAACAGUUCAUUGUGAAAAAGCAGUAGGAAGAAAUGGAUAUGGGGGAUAAUGUUUCUCUUUGUUCUUGUAUUUGGUCAUUUUUCUUAUGACAUACCCGCUCUGCUUGAGUAGGUGAUUGGCUAUGUAGUAAAUCAUACCUGUCGCUGUGACAUACAUACAUAUAGCUGAAAUUGUGUUUCUCAGCCAUACUGCUACCCACUGAAUUUUCUAAAUUGUUGUUCAAGUGAAUGCAAUCAGGGUGAAACUGGUUUUGCAAUAUACCUUCUAGCCACUGGACUCUGUUUCUCUUUCCAACUCUUGUUUCCAUUAUUUACCUAAUAUUGAAGAUAGAUUUUUUUUUUAAAGAUCUGUAUUUAUUUUUUUAUGUAGGCCAGUAUUCAGAGUGUUCAUUCUGCUUCAUGAUAGACUUUUUUAAACUAUAUAGAAUAUUGUGUAGCUGACUGAAGAAUCUGUUGGCUUUAUUGGGUGAAUUUCCUUGUAAAGUCUGGGCUAGAAAGGCAGCUUGUAUCAAAGACCUCAUGUGAUCUGAGCCAUUGUUUCUGCAAUACCUGCUGAAUACGAGAAUGAGUCUUGCUUUAGGGCCUGAUGCUUGCAGGCCCUUACUACUGGUUGAAAUGCUCUUUACCCUGAAUUAGCUCAGACCCAAAGGUGGCCAGUGAGAGCCAGUCAGCACUGCUCAGGCUCUGCCCACAAGGCUAAGCAGCCAGCACUUCCCACAAUGCCCUGGCACCUCUUCCGGGGGGCUAGAAAUGCCGACACCCCAUACCCGUCUCUGCCAGCCAGACCAUCCGCUUGCUUCUUUCAAUACUCACCCCGCCUGGGAGACGCCUCACCGUUGUGGAGCGUGUUCCCAGUGGAGGCCACGUUCAAAGGAUCCCACCCGCUUGUUGAGCUGCGUGUAAACCCAAACUGCACCGCGGGCCUCAAACAGAUGGGCCGUGGGCUGCGUGCGGUCCACGGCCACGUGUUGAAUAGCCUUGGUCUACAGGAUUGGGCCCUAAGUUUAGAAUUGUUUCCUAUGAAACUUCCUAGAAGCUUGUUCAAAUGAGAUUUGCACCUGUAAAGUUGAAGUUUGAUGUUUUAUGGCCUUAGUUAUCUAUAACAAUCCUGCCUGAUCCUGACCCACAAGCCUACGCCAUUAAGAAAGGCAAAAAGGUUGCAGUGGUGAUUUCUGCAUGUAAAUUGCUGCUUUCUCCUGGCGUGCCAUGAGUAUGACACAGAUGCUUAGACAAUGGUGCUCUGGACCAGUACACCCUGACUGACUUCCUAAGAGCAGCUUUGCUCCAGUGACUGUUUCCUGUCCUUUCCAGAAGGCUACUGAAAAUGUAAGAAGCAAUUCCUGAUUAUAAAGUGCAAGACACAGUAGAACUACUGUAUUCCACUUCCUGUUUGUAUGAAUGUGUCUUCUGUAGACACCACCUUUCCUGUGUGCAUUCAGUCUGAUAAAAGUAGGUUCUCUACACUGGAAACGUUUUCUGCUAUACCCAAUCUAAAGCAGUACUGCUGAUUUUUGUAUCUUUUUUCCUAUGAUUUUUUUCUGACAAUUGCAAUGGUUAAUUAAAGCUUUGUGUUCAGACCAGGCAUAGCUUCUCCCUAUCUGGUCGUCAUCUUCUGUUAGAUCCUGCAAGUGAGCCAUUUCAUGUUGCGUGUGGGAGAUCAGCAUUUCCAUAGCAAUAGAUUGAUAUAAAAAAAAAUCUAGGUUUCCAGAAGAAGGCAGAACUGGCCCGUGAGGAAGAAUUGGCCAACCUAGUUAGCAUGAAAUAAUUAUUUUGCUCUAGCUAUGCUGAUAUAAUUCAUUGGUGUGGACAUGAUUCAGAAUAGAAUGGCUAAUUCCAGAAUAGUGUGUGUUCACAUAGGAAAGGCAGCGAUGGGCAAUCUAGGCUAGUGAGUGGGCCAUACAAGUGGCCCUCUAUCUCAGGGGCUGCAAGAUAGUCUUCCCAGGUUAGCUGUGCUUGUAUACCUUCGAUUUGCAGGGUUUGCUGAUUGAAACCUAGCAGCACUUUGAUAGGAUGCAGAGGGAGCGCACGGAUGUCAGCACGCACAAGCCGGUUGCCCCCAGCGCUGUCUCCGUGGUGCAGGAGGAAGGGGGACAGGAGGCAGAGGUGCAGAAGUCUAGGACCCAGUUGAAAUGUAAUAGGAGCCAGCUGCCUGAGCACCUGGCUCUUACUACAUUUAAAGUGCAGAGCAGCAGCAGGGCCCCAUAGCAACUAAUCGUGUAGUUGAUACAGAUUCCAUUGACUGCACGAUUAAUCAGUUACCUGCUUCUUAACAUCCUUUAUGUGGAUGGAAACCAGCAGAAUCUGGCAACCCUGUGUGGGAACCAGUAAAAGUGUUUUGUGGGCUGCACAUAGAACCCUGUUGGCCCACGUGUGGCCUGCGGGCUGCAGGUUGCUCACUAUUGCUGUAGGGAAGGAGUAAGGCUGGUCCAUUUCCCUGUGCAGGCAAAGGGAACAGCACCAAAGAGCUGCGUGGAAAGCACGCUACGAAGGCCCCUCUGCCGGGUUUGAUGCUGUGAAUUACCUGGGAGCAGAGGAGGGGAGCAAAUCCAACCCCUUCCUGCAUGGCCAUGGAGGAAUCUGCAGUGGGAGAGUGGUGACUACGCUGAUCCUCGUGUCCCUCUCCUGCCUGACGGCCUGCUUUAGGUCACGCUUCAGUUACUGUGCCGCAGUCGUCUCUGGGCAUGGCAGCUUUCUGCCUAGGCAAUGGAGCCAUCGUCAUUCCUCUCUCUCUCUGCAUGUGACCCGCGCCCAUCCAGGACUCUGGAUGUCCUAGAAGCGCAAUAGCGUUAGCAGUGAGCAUAGGUCUUUGCCGCGUUGCUGUGCCAGUACCGUGAGGUUGGCCAGCACAGAGGGCAUCCAUAGUAGGGACCAAACAGUCUCAAGAUGGACAACUGUCAGCUCCCCACAGCCCAAAAUGGAAAGGCUGGGUUAGCAGGGCUCUGCUGACUGGAAUGUGAACCAGAGUGUACUAUGAAGGGAAGUACAGCCAGUAGACAUGUUUGUUGUGGAGCAGUAGGGCACCCAGAACCCACAGCAGGUGCUCACAGGGGUUUCAUAGUCUCCAUACAUGCUAAAAAGAAUUUUUAAUGCCCCAGGUAAAGAUCCCUAGCCAGUUAGACACACUGUAGGAGAUAGAAAGUGGUGCCUUAAGAUUCCUCUGCGCCCUUACCCUGUCUAAAAGGCAAAUCCCUCCUUCCAUUGUCUCCCCUUCCAUGUGAACAGAUGACAGUGCUAGUGGCUAACUUUGAACAAUAUAAUGCAUGCCUUGUGGCCACUGACCACACGUCCUCAGGCCUCCCAUCCUUUUAUAAUUAUUCUUUCUGUAUCUAGUUUUGAAUGGAUAGAAAGCCUCUAAACAGAAGGCAUGUCCAUAUUGGAUACUGGCUUUUAACAUCACUGUUGGGGCCCUAUUCCAAAUCCUGGAGUUGGAAGGAAACAGCCUUAUUGGGACCAGUGAGUGGAAGGAUGGUUGCUGAUUUUAUUUCAAAGCAUUCAUUUAGCAGAAUGCAGAAACAAAUUGUUUGUUAAUUUAACUAGAGCCCUGCCUGGGUACAAAAUUUUGUAUGCUAAAAAAGAACCCUGGAUAGCCAAAUUUGCAAGGUUCUAGAUACAAAAUUUGUAUCUGCAGAAAUUAGUCGCAGAUAACAAGUGGAUAUCUGUGGAUUUGCAGGACUCUGUUUUUAACUGAAACUUAAAAUGGCUUGGGAAACAGAAUUUAUGUGCUCUUAAAUAUGCUUAGCUUUAAAAUCAUUUAAAGGUGAUUUUUAUAUAAGCCCAUAUUUACAUGCAAUUAUUAUUUGCAAAUGUAAUGACUUUCUUGAAAUGCUAAUGUCUAGAGGGGAAGAUGCUUGCUUUUGAGAGGAUUAAUUCAAAGAAGCACAAUGCACUGUAUUGACUUGGGGGUUAGGACCUAAGAACGGCCAGACUGGGUCAGACCAAAGGUCCAUCUAGCCCAGUGUCCUGUCUGUCCACAGUGGCCAAUACCAGAUGCCCCAGAAGGAAGAAUCACAACCGGUAAUCCUCACGUGAUCCUUCCCUUGUCUCCCACUUCCAGAGAAUAGAAAAGAAAAAUUUUAGUGAAAGAAAAAUGUCUCAGUGAAUUUCCAGGAAUUUGUAGUCAUGAGUUCGUGUAGAUUGUCUGCAUACAGUCUGCUGGGUCAGACAGACAUUCUGAUGGUUUUCAGAUAUUACACUAACAUUGUAAGCAAUAAGCUAUUUUAAACAAAACUUAAACCAAGAGGCUUUACAGUUGGUCAAAGUGACACUGCCUUGUUUGAACUCUAUUUUCGUAACAGCGAUGCCUUUUGACUUGUAAUUUUUUUACAUCGCCUUUCUGGUAGCUCCAGGUCUAGGCCACUUGACUGACACUUCCUUGGGAAAGUUGCUGUAAAAGAGCUUUUUGUUAAUGGCUUAUUGAGUUUUUAAAUAAUUAUUCAAAAAAUAUCUAAUUGAAGACCUGAGAAAUUGAAAAUGAUGGUGUGGAGCAUAUGAAAACUACACAAAGAUCUAGACUUUAUCAUUUCACACUUUUUUGUUUUAAGAAUGUGCAUGCCAAAUGUCUUUUUCGAUUAUUUGUAAUAUACAUUUUAUGACUGGAAACUUUUUUGUACAACACACUCCAAUAAAUGUUUUGCAUUUUA